AUGAAUGAUAUUAAAACAACAACGACUUCAGAUCCUCUAAUCCCAUCCUUUAUGCCAGAUGAGACAUGGUUCGAGUUACAGUUAUACAAUGGUUAUCGUGUAUGGCACAUUAUUUUUUUCAUCAUGACCGUCUUCUUUACACUAGUGGUGUUUAUGUGCUGUUGUGUAAGAUUUCGAAUUCCUAGGACUAAACAAGAGAUAGAAGCUGAUUUUGUACGUCGUAAGAUUGCGACAAAAUUUUGCAAACAAUUACGACUAUUGAGUGACACCGAAAUGGACAACAUGGACCUGUUGAAAGCAUUAAAACGACUUCAGUCGGAACUUGAAAUUCCUAGCAAUGAAACAGUAGAGGAGUCUGAUGAAGUAUUAUCAUCAACUAAAACUGCCUCGCCAAGUUUAAAAAAGUCUCCAAAAUCUUCAGAUUUUGAUUCUUCUGUGGAAAAGCUAGACGAAGAACCAGAAAAUGUACUGAGCGGUCGUCUAGCAACGUUGGUCAACGUUUUGAAUGUCAUGAAACCACGUCGUAAACAUAUAGCUGAUGAAAUUACACCAAAUCUUAUAACUGUUUAA